AUGAAAUCAUUCGUCAAUGAGAUCACAUACAAUGAUCCGCCCAUACAUACUCUGAUUCAGCUGCACAAAAAGUACCCAAAUCCAUACGCGACGCAUGUCGUCUCGGUCGACACGGUGGAACGGUCAUUAGACCCGUCUGGGCUGAUAAGGACCGAGCGGGUCAUAGGUGUCAAGCAAAGCGCGCCGGGAUGGAUAGCCAAGCUCUUUGCGCUGCCGCCAAUAGCAUAUGUCCGGGAGGUGGUCUUUAUCGACCCAGACGCCCCGAGCGCAACCAUGAUGAGUAUGAACCUUGACUUGGCGCAAUACGUAUCCUGUCUCGAACGCAUAACCUAUACGCCGACGGAAGAAGGCAAUACGCUGUUCCACCAGCGAGCCGCACUCAUCUCGGCCUUCCCAACAGCGAUGAUUGCUCGGAGAAUAGAAAAGGCGAGCGUGGACCGGUUCCGCUCCAACGCAGAUACAGGGCGGAAAGGGUUCGAAUGGGUAUUGGCCCAGGGGUACAAACGGGAUAGUGACAGGGACGCUGCUUGA